AUGGGACUCGCUGAUGUACAAACAAAGCUAAUAGAUCUGUUCCUUGCUGAACUUGAGCAACUUAAGAGUACUGAUGUUCCGAUAAACUUCAACAAUACCAGUCAAUUGGACGCCCUACUCACAUACCUCGAGAAUGCAGAUGUACACAACUUCUGUCUGGUUCCUUCGGUGAACGUACUCCACAUCAUUCUAACAUUGGCUUGCAGAUGUCCUCAGUCUUCAUGGACUCAUAGCAAAGUCAGCAGCGAUGAUGGGAUUGAGGUUCUGUCUCUGUAUAUGAAAGAGAUCAACGAUAAGUACGAUAAUGCAUUAGCAAAGGACCUGUUGCAACAACGGAGUGUCAAUAUCUUGAACAGGUAUGUCGAUAUUAUACUGUCAAACAAGAACAAAAAUACACAUCAGCUUUUCAAGAACCUUCAGAUAGCGAUUCAACCCAUCUGUGAGGCUUCUAUCCACUUUUCCAGGCCUCGCUCGAGACAGUACAGCUCCAGAGACGAAAGUCCUGUUAUUGAAACAAUCCAAGAUUCUGAAAGCGACGAAGAAAAUAUCGAGUUUGUGGCUGAAACUGAAACUGACCUUACUUCCAAAUACCGCCAUCUCAGCCUACCUACAAAGAACGUUAUAUCUCUAUCUGACAUUGGCAGCAAAACUACUGGGUUGGGAGAAGCAACGUCCUUGUUUCAAAAUAUGCCACAUCUUCUGGCUCAAGCCACACCUGAACCAGAGGAGCAUUCUCCAGGUCCAAAAGCAAAGAAACUAAAGGUGGAGAGGAGUCCCUUGGAGUAUCUUAAACUUUUCGAUGAUCAUCUCAUUACUAAUAGAUUGAUGCAUCUGAAAGGAUAUAACAUAUGGGAUCUUCUACGAUGGGUAUUUACCUGUUGUGACGACUCUAGCCAAUACCAACAGUUUCUAUUCAAUUCAAAUAAUACCGCAUUGCAUGGUAUCUGGGAAACGUAUAACCUGGCUCUCCUGUUUAUGUUUAGAUUUCUCAAAGAACAGCUUGACUAUUGUGUUAAGGAAUCGAAGAGAUCCUUCUUGGGAACACUACUUACACAGCUUGGCCGAAGUCAAGACUGCUACGAACGUCUAGUGGAAGUGGUCUUCACAGGAUUAGGUCUACGGACUCGGGAGAAGCCAUUCCCUUGUUUUCCUAGAGAAACAAGUCUAAUAAAGAAUGACUUGUGUACGAGUAGCUCGCAGGGCAUACGAACCAAAGCAGAACGCAGUGAUAAUAUCCAAUCCAUGAAGCUAAGGGCACAAAUUACUGCCACCUUUCUUCUCCAUGAAACGAACAGGUUCAAUAAGCUUGAGUUCGUCACGCAAUUGUCUGAUAAGCUCAUUCAGUUUGAGCCAGACAUUGUCUUUGCAUUUCUUCAUCUGCUCAGCAACGUACAGUUUGUUGCUGAAUCCAUACUUCAUAAGUUUGUCUUGAUGAUUUACAACAAAUUAAUUAUUAAUAUCGUCGGGUCUGAGGACGUGGCUUACCAUUUAAUGGGAUACCUGGACCUGACUAUGGAUAAGAUAGAGAAGCUAGAUCAGCUCUUUCAAUCCACCGACUUAUACAAUGGUCUUGUCAAUGAUUCGACGUACAAGAGUAUGAGCGAGUUUCAAAAAGUGUGGGAUAUGGCCAUGGGACUAUGUUAUGAGAUGGUUGCCUUCACUGUUAGAAGUGAAGUAUCACAAGCAUCCGAGCUAUCAGAGGAACUACUAAACAAGACCAUUGAGACUUUAAACACACUAAAUGAUCAUAGCGAAUGGCGGUAUAAGGAAUUUCUACGAUCAAAAUCUUCAGACGUCGUAGCCGAUGGCGACGAUAUUAAUUUUAUUCUUGAACCUGAGGAGAUAGAAAAGUAA